AUGAACAGGGUAGAACAGACUGGGCAGAGGGAAUACUGCAGCACAAGUCUUUUCAUAUCACAGGAUGACGAGAGAGGGCAGUGUAACAAUCAAAACCAGAAAAAGAAGCAGAGAAAAAGGCGAAAUUCGUCUCCGUUCUCUUACAUAGAAAUAAUUGCUUAUGCCAUCCUUAGCUCACCCCAAAAGCGCGCCACGUUGUCUGAGAUAUACAGUUUCAUCCAGAACAACUAUCCUAGCUUCACUGAGCAUAGAUUACGCUGGAAGAACACUGUCCGCCACAAUUUGUCUCUUCAUGAAUGCUUUCAGCGAGGAGGGAUCGCAGUGGGGAACGCUGGCUGUUAUUGGCACAUUCACCCCAGUUUUGUGGUAGCAUUUAGCCGCGGAGAUUUUUCAAGGCGUAAAUCGGUGCACAGCAACAAUGCAAUUUUGGGUCUGAAUGGAUGGAGCAGUUUAGCUGAGAACCACAUCGUUAUACAGCGCCCCUGCUUGCAGUGCUACAUUCAUAAGUCAAACCAAGAGCCGUCUUGGUCAAACCCAUCGUUUUCAGUAACCGCACCCAUGGAACCUCUACAGUAUCACUAUGGGAGCUUAACUCCAUCGACUGCGUUUCACUCAUUGCCUUCCUACAUUGGCCUCACUGGCGGAACAAAUGUGUUGCGCAGUGUGGACCUUUAA